AUGGGUGUCAUGCGUCACUUGAUCAUGACGAAUCAGUCAACAACUUUCUCGUUCACGUACCGCAAUCAAAUUGCUGGACUAAGUAGCACAUCGUCUGGCCUCUCUCCUGGCGACACAGGUCCAGGUCGGGAUGAUCCAAGCCGCAGCUAUGAUGCCCUACUUACCAUCGACUCCUUGAAGACAGUGGACGAUCUCGUCAUAUCAUUGGAUGUCCUAGGCGUGCCAGGUCCGCUCACACUUCACGCACCGUUCUUAAAUAAGCUGGGAGAGGGAGCACAGUUCUCGGUCUUCCAAGGCUCCAUUCUAGAAGCCUCAACCAACUGCGACUUCGCAACAGACAUAGAAGAAGUGGCUGUCAAACUGCCGUUGUUUAGUACACCAACAGAGAGGCGACUAGAUCUUACAUCGGCAAAGUCGCGGCGUCAGGUUCACGACAUAUAUCUGGAGAUCAUGGCUCUUCGAAACCCGGCUCUGCAAAAUCACCGAAACAUCGUUCACUUGAUAGGUUGGGGUAUAGAAGAGACGUGGAACGAAACGCCACUGCUGGUUCUUGAACUUGCCAUGGGCGAUCUCUGUUCUGUUCUGGCCAACCCAGACUUUCAGAUCACGUGCGAGAUAACUCAUCAGCUAUCCAUCGACAUCGGGCACGGCUUGGACGCCAUUCAUGAACUCGGAAUUGUACAUGGCGAUCUUAAACCCUUGAACGUACUUGUGUUUUCCAAUAGUCCACACAAAGUGCCCUUCGUCGCAAAACUUGCGGACUUUGGACUCUCCGUAAACGAGGUACACUUCGCUUCAGAUGACUCGGUCACAAUAUCUGGCACAUCAGAAGACUGGUGUGCACCCGAGAUUAUUUUGGGGGCCACCAUAUCCGCUUCUCAGUUAACCAAAGCUGACAACUUCUCCUACGGUCUGAUGCUUCUGAGCCUCAAUUGUCUUAACGGUCGACCACCAAGACAUAAGGAUUUGGAUACCGCUAUCGACAUUGUGGAGUCACAUCAAGCCCUAUCCAGCUCUCUCUGUGGCCUCCUCGCCAAGGCGUUGCCUCUCCUACUUCAGGCAAAUUCGACGAAGCGACCGUCCUCAGUCAAAAAUAUCAUGAGGGACAGCUUCGAGGCGUGCAUUGCGUGGGAACAAGACGAGGCUGACCGUGCCUCAUCAGUAAGGAGACGGGCUGAUGCGCCCUAUGUGCACCCCUGGAGGUUGCCACCAUUAGACGCUUAUCUAUUUCUAGGCCUCGAGAAAUCUCUAAGACGAUACGAAGUACGCCUAACCGGCCCGCAACUGUUUGCGAUGUUUCUUCUCAAGUCCUUUUCCGAAGCGUCAACCGAUGACAAGUCUUUACAGAUGGAUAUGCUGCUCGCGGCGGUCAACAAAGGACACAUCCCAGCUCAGGCAGUGGUCAACCGGGUCAUUGAAUCUUAUGGCCUGCCUCAGAGCCUGCCUCUAAGUUCUAUUAAGUCUUUCUUGUACGACGGCGCGUCUAGUGGAUCACUUCUCGCCAUCGGCGAUCUAUUCGCCUUGGACCCUCAGCUUGCCAGCGCAGCACGACAUCGAUUUCAGGAGAAUACUGGAUACAACCAGUUCUUCUCCCCAUUGACAGCGACCGCAAUCAGUGCAGACUUCCUCACAGACACCGACGGGAACACAAGGUUGCACUACUUUUCAGCUCGAGGAGAUCAUCAGAAAUUGGCAGAAGUACUGCGAAACCUCAAAGAACCGCUUGGUCUCGAUGUGAAAAAUCGUUAUGGAGAGACUCCUCUUUAUAAAGCCUGUCUGAUUGGAUCCUGGGAGUCUGUGGAAUUGCUUUGUCAGCAUGGAGCCAACGCAGCAAUACCGUCCUUCCUCAACGGCCUUACUUGUUUACACUGGCUAUUCAACUUUUCCGCGGCUUGUAUAGAUAAAGCUCUGACGGCGCUUGCGGAGUCCGGUGGCAAUGUCAAUGCCUUGAGCAUGCCUGUGCCGAAUAUUGUAGACUGUCAUUUCCCAUUCAACUGGCCUGCAGGGACGCCUCUACACUUUGCAGUCCACGCGGCCAACUUUGUUGCAAUCAAAGCGCUGCUACGACGAGGAGCACGAGCGACUAUCCGUGAUGGCCGUGACCCAUAUCUUUCGGAUGAAAAUGUGAGACAGAUGCAUGUUCAUGGAUCUGCGGAGUCUGGUGAAAGCUCUGUGCCCGAUCGACCUCCGCUCGGUUUCAACGCUAUUGAUCUCGCCGCCGCAAUGCAUAAGCACGAGGUUUUGGACAGCAUACGAACGAAUAGUCAAGAAGACACUCUAAUGGCCUCGGAUGAAGAAGGGUACACACCAUUUCAUCGCCUGUCUUAUUUCAGAGUUGCUCGAACAAGUCAUGGUCUCCGGUUCUGGUAUCCCGCAUUCAGAGGCAAUUCGACUGAUAGCGAGACUCGCCUAGUCAAGACGGUACAGGCACUGCAGCGUAUGGGUGGCGACAUUAACCGACUGACAAACACUCCAAUCAGGCCCGCUAUACACGGGGUUUCUGGACUUUCACCAUUGAUGAUUGCAAUCACCAAAGCUGACUGCAAGACUGCCACUGUUCUACUCAAAUCUGGAGCACAUGUCAAUGGGGUCAAUCGAGAUGGGCGCUUGCCUAUACUGCUGUUGCCUCACAUCCUCGAUCCAUGUGUAACGCCUAACAGCUUACUCAACCUGACCCAGCUACUGUUGAGUUAUGGGGCUUGCGUUAACUACAGAAGUCUGGAUGGCAUAACUCCUCUGGGUGCAGCCAUAGCCUCGGAAUCAAUGCCCUGUAUCAAAGCCCUCAUCAAGGCUGGAGCUGAUCUCAGUGUUGAUGAACAGGGCUUGAACCUGCUCGCUCGCCUCAUCUACGAGUGCCACCACAAGGAAUGGACGAAAGGCUUGACUGAGCGGCCGGUGCAGGAUGUGGUCGAGAUUCUUAGGCAGUUGGACGUAAAGGAAAGUUUGUGGGUGCACAAGGUCGACAAAGACAAUGGCAGCCUGCUGCACUACGCCGCAUAUGCAGGUCUUAUAGAGUGUGUUACGAUGCUGCUUGAUGCCGGCUUGAACAUCAACCAAGUCCGCAAGAUGCACUUCACUGGAUCGGUACCUAGCUCGUAUAGUACUCAUGCAGGCUACAUGCCUGAUGGCACCGCACUUGAUAUAGUUGAGCUGCAAGAAUCGAAGUUCAAGAGUCGUGGGCAGCGUAUGCUGUCACCAGAAGUUCGUUUGUGUCAGACGUACGAAGUAGGAUAA